AUGCACAUUCGCGGACAUCACAAGAAUGAGAAGAAGUUCGUGUGCACGGUCGAGGGCUGCAAUCGGCAGUUCGUGCGGAACAACGACCUCCAAAUGCAUAUAAAGCGCAUGCACCAGGGGCAAAGGCCGUACAAAUGUGAUGUGGAGGGAUGCGGGAAAACGUUUGUGUCGCAGAGCGAAUUGCAGAGACACAAGAGCACGCAUACGCGGUAUGCGACAAUUACGGAACUACCAUCAGGCGCGAAUCAGGAGUUGUAUCCGAUCGAGUUGUUUCGUGUUUGUUGA